UUUCCAAAAGCAUUAAUCCCAAGCCCAUACACAUGCAAAUUCAGAGGGGUAUUCUUGCUGGCUUGAUCGGUAAAGUGGGAAGUGGUAAGAGUUCUUUGCUAUAUGGAAUUUUAGAAGAACUAAAGCUAACUCAAGGUUCAUUAUUUGUGGAAGGAAAUAUAGCUUAUUCCCCACAACAGCCUUGGAUAUUAAAUGAUACAAUGCGAAAUAAUAUUGUCUUUGGCAGCAUAUUUGAUAAUAAACGCUAUGAUAAUGUAGUGGCUGCUUGUGCACUUAAUCAUGACAUUUCAAUGCUACCUAAUGGGAGUGACACUGAAAUUGGGGAAAGAGGGGUAAAUUUAAGUGGCGGACAAAAGGCUAGAGUAUCUCUUGCUCGUGCAUGUUAUAGUACUGCUCCUAUUAUUCUUUUGGAUGAUCCUUUAUCUGCUGUUGAUGCUUCAACAGCUAAAUACAUCGUUGAUUAUGUACUAAAUGGCAUUUUAAAGGGAAGAACAGUAAUUAUGGCAACACAUUCUAUUAUAAGCUUACAAGCUUGUGAUGAAAUUUAUUUAUUAGAUACCAACAAUGGUAUUAAGCGCAUCUUAUCAAGUUCUAAAGAUAUAAAAUGUGAGAUGGAGUUGGUAUCAGCUAAAACAGAAUUAAAUGCUAGUCAAUAUAUUGCAGCAUUUCUUGUUGUUUUCUUAAGGAAUUAUAUUUCUCCUGGGCUCACAGGUGUUAUACUUGUACAAACCUUAAAGCUUACUGAUGUCCUCCAGAUUGCAAUCAAAUGGACAGUUGAAGCAGAAAGCGUGUUUGUAAGUGUGGAGAGAAUUCUAGAAUAUUGUCAUUUAUCUACAGAGGCCACAAAUAAAUCUGAGCCAAGGAUUCUUUCAAGCAAUUGGCCUGCUGCGGGGUCUAUUGAGUUUAUCAACUACACAUUAGCAUACAGGGAAGAUCUUCCAGCAGUUUUGAAUAACAUAUCAUUUAAGAUCUUCCCAUUAGAAAAAAUAGGAAUUGUGGGAAGAACUGGUGCCGGAAAGUCAAGCUUGGCUGCAGCUAUGUUCAGAAUGGUUGAGAACAUGGCUUGUAGUGGAACAAUACUUGUGGAUGAUAUUGACAUCAAGACCAUUGAACUGGAUGAUUUGAGACAAAGAUUGUCAAUAAUCCCACAGGAUCCUGUUCUUUUCUCUGGCACAUUAAGAUUUAACAUGGAUCCAUUUGGAAAGAACGAUGAUAGAGAAAUUCAUGAAGCACUGACAAGAGCGCAUUUCUCCAGCACACAGUCGUAUAAGAACUUUGACAACGGCUUAGAUGGUCAGAUUACAAGUUCUGGAACAAACUUUAGCGUUGGAGAAAGGCAGCUUCUUUGCCUUGCAAGAAGUUUGCUAAGAAAGUCCAAAAUCCUUAUUAUGGACGAAGCAACUGCAGCAGUAGACAAUGACACAGACCAAAUCAUUCAAGCAACUAUUCGAGCCUCUUUCCAGGAUUGCACCGUUCUAACAGUUGCCCAUCGCAUCCAAACAAUUAUUGACAAUGAUCGUGUCUUAGUGAUGGAAGCUGGACGCAUUGCAGAGUUUGAUACCCCCAAGAACCUCCUCAAAUUAACAGAUGGACUUUUCUUCAACAUGGUCGCUCAGCAAGCUCAUCGGACUGGCAUUCUCGCCAUUUCUGGCUCUGAUGUAAGUGCUGGCAAAACAGCCGAGCUCAAUCUUUUCAUCCUGGAAGUUCCUUUGUGUUCUUCAUCGUUUUUCCUUUUCUUAUUUCUAAACUACUCCAGCUUCAUGACUGAGGUUUAUAAACCGCCAGCUCUUCUGGAAGAUGGCAUCAAACUGUUUGUGUACGCAGGCAAAUACGAUCUCAUUUGCAAUUGGCUGCUUUGCACUACCGUGGAGUCGAGCUCGCCGUCCAGCAGUUUCGAUUCCCCAGCUUUGUGCUUAGCACACUGUUUUGGCGACAAGGAGGAUCGUGGUGAACGAGACGAGCCUAAGUUGGUGCUUAAAGUGGAUGUUGAAUCGGGCAAAGUUCCACUCUUGGCGGCAAUCCAAGUGGUUUGGAGGAGACAUGUUAUAAGCUGUGACUUUGGUGAAACCAAUGCGCAAGAUAUUGUGUUUGAUGGCCAACCUUUAUUCAUAACCUUAUAG